AUGCUACACAAUGCGUCAUUCACAAGGAACUGCUGUGGCUUGGAGAGAGGAGAGUUAUUUGACUCCAGCUCUCCCCGCGCUGCCUGGUUAGUGAUGGUGCUGUCCAGCGUGCUGAUCUUCACCACUGUUGUGGAUAUCUUGGGAAGUCUUCUUGUUAUCAUCUCUGUCUUGAAAAAUAGAAAGCUGAGGAAUUCUGGGAAUGCUUUUGUUGUGAGCUUGGCUUUUGCAGACCUUGUCGUGGCCUUGUAUCCAUAUCCAUUAGUGCUUGUGGCUAUUUUCAAAAAUGGAUGGGAACUUGGUGAAAUUCAUUGCAAAGUAAGUGGUUUUGUCAUGGGCCUGAGUGUCAUCGGAUCAAUAUUUAACAUAACUGGGAUUGCUAUCAACAGAUAUUGUUACAUCUGCCACAGUUUUGUCUACGACAAACUUUUUAGCGCACGGAAUACAAUGCUCUAUGUAUGCCUCAUUUGGUUUCUCACUGUUUUGGCAAUAGUUCCAAACUUUUUUAUUGGUUCAUUAGAAUACGAUCACCGCAUCUAUUCAUGUACUUUUGUCCAAACUGCAAGCUCCUCCUAUACGAUUGCUGUGGUCAUCAUUCAUUUUAUAGUGCCAAUUGCUGUGGUAACUUUCUGCUAUCUUCGUAUAUGGAUUUUGGUGAUUCAAGUAAGAAGAAAGGUGAAAUCUGAAACCAAACCGAGAAUGAAACAAAGUGAUUUCAGAAAUUUUCUUACAAUGUUUGUCGUAUUCGUAAUAUUUGCCUUUUGCUGGGCUCCCUUGAACCUCAUUGGCUUAGCUGUUGCUAUAAACCCCUCAAAAGUAGCCAAUAAAAUUCCAGAAUGGCUAUUUGUCCUUAGCUACUUUAUGGCUUACUUCAACAGUUGCCUUAAUGCAGUUAUCUAUGGACUUCUUAAUCAGAAUUUUCGGAAGGAAUACAAAUUAAUUCUCAUGUCACUGUGGAUGCCACGACUUUUCUUUCAGGAGGUCUCUAAAGGAGGAACUGAGUGCCCAAAAAGUAAGCCUUCUCCUGCAAUAAAUAACAAUGACCAAAUGAAAACUGAUACCGUUUAA